GUAGAAAUUCCCCUUUUUUACAUUUGAUUUUAAUGUAAAAUUAGUAUAAGGCAAAACUUACAUAGGCAUCAAGUACAAAGGGUUAAAUAACAGGUGAGUUAUAAGCAGAAUGAUUCCUCUGGUGAUUCUGUUCAGAGUAGAAAUCUACAAAGGUAAAAAUAAGAAGAAAAACAUAAGAGAAGAAAUCCUCUAUAGAGAAGAGAAUCAUCCAGAUCUCCAGAAAUAAUCCGGUAAAAUGAGAUAAAAAGGCUUCAGCUCAGUGUCAGCUCUGAGAUCAAGAGCAGAACUCCAACCGCAGCUCCAGAGAUUCCCAGAGAGAGGACGAAGCUUCAUCCUAACAAAUCGCUGAUGAUCCCCGUCCUGCGGUAUCGAUGCUGCGUUGUAUAUACAUUGUUCCUGUUACUCACGUUUAUUGAUGGAAGACAUGUGAUGGAUGCAGCGUGCAGAUUAGAGCUAAUCGGAGAUCUGCAGCACAUCGCACAGCCUGCAGACCUGAUACUUGGAGGAAUCAUCCAGCUUUCCACUAGAUCUAUAAGAAAUAAUGACUUUACAUUUAGAGACAACUAUGAAGUUCUUUCAUGUAUCCACCCAGCUUUCCAUUUCCUGAGACAUAUCCUGGUCUUCAUUUUUGCCAUAGAAGAAAUAAACAGAAGAUCUGACAUCUUACCUAAUAUCACUCUGGGAUACAAGAUCUAUGACUCCUGUGCGAUAGAACAUAAAGCUGUACAGAGUGCACUGAGUAUACUGUCAGGGAGAGAAGAAGCUGUCCCCAGCUACAGCUGUGAUGAGGAGAACAAAGUGGUGGCUUUUAUUGGACACUUGAUGUCUUCCUCCAGUCUCUCCAUAGCGGAGAUCACUGGGAUCUAUGGAUAUCCACAGACUCCACAGUCGGUCUGCAGUAAAAGCUGCCUACCUGGAUAUAGAAAAACUCUACUGGAGGGACAACAGAAAUGCUGCUACUACUGUGUCCCAUGUCCUGAGGGCGAGAUCUCUAACCAGACCGAUAUGGAAGGAUGCCGGCCGUGUCCAGAGGAUCAGUGGUCAAAUGACAGAAGAGACAUCUGUAUCCCAAAAAUCAUCGAGUUCCUAUCUUAUGGAGAUACACUGGGAAUAGCUCUUCUUGUCUUUGCUGGAAUGUUCUGUAUUUUCACCAUUAUAAUAUUAGGAAUAUUCAUCACAUACAAAGACACAGCGAUUGUAAAAGCCAAUAACCAGAACCUCAGCUUUACACUUCUCCUCUCACUCCUCUUCUCCUUCCUCUGUCCUCUGUUAUUCAUUGGACGUCCCUCAGAGAUGUCCUGUCUUGUCCGACAAGUGGCUUUUGUCACUAUUUUCACAGUUGCUGUUUCUUCAGUUUUGGCCAAAACAGUCACUGUGGUCUUGGCCUUUAGAGCCAUCAGACCUGACAGGACACUGAGGAGGUGGCUCGGGAGACAUCUCUCCAUAUUUCUUCUGAUCAUCUGCUCUUCCAUUGAGGCUGUGAUCUGUGUUUUCUGGUUGUCUCUGUCUCCACCAUUCCCAGAUUAUAACACUGAGAUAGAGGUUGGGAAGAUAAUCCUACAAUGUAAUGAAGGAUCUGCUAUUGCUUUCUAUUUGACCAUUGGCUAUAUUGGAUUUCUGGCUGUGUUGAGCUUUAUUGUAGCAUUUUUGGCCAGGAAACUUCCAGACACCUUUAAUGAGGCUCAGUACAUCACCUUCAGCAUGCUGGUCUUCUGCACUGUGUGGAUCUCCUUCAUCCCGGCGUAUCUCAGCACCAAGGGGAAAUACAUGGUGGCCGUGGAGGUCUUCUCUAUUGAGGUUUCCGGUGCAGGACUUCUGGGCUGUAUCUUCUUCCCAAAAUGUUACAUUAUUCUACUGAGACCAGAACUUAAUGUAAAAGGCAAUUUAGUCAUUCACACUGAAAUUGACAAAAUGUAA